GCACACAUAACACAUCACUACACAAACAACACUCCCAUCUUUUAACUCUUUGCUCUUUCUUCCACACUUCACUUCAACACACUCAAAGCAUCUCUCUCUUUCUUCCUCACUACACUCACUACCAUAACCCAUUUCCCAAAAUGGGUAACCACCCUCUCCUCCUCCUACUCCCUCUCCUUCUCCUCUCCAUCACCACCACCAUCUCCGCCCACAACAUCACCGAAAUCCUCUCCGACAACCCCGACUACUCCCAAUACAACAACUUCCUCUCCCAAACCAAACUCGCCGACGAAAUCAACUCCCGCCAAACCAUCACCGUCCUAGUCCUCAACAACGCCGCAUUCUCCUCCAUCACCUCCAAACACCCCCUCUCCGUCGUCAAAAAAGUCCUCAGUCUCCUCAUCCUCCUCGACUACUUCGACAACUCCAAACUCCACCAAAUCACCAACGGCACCACUCUCUCCACCACUCUCCUCCAAACCACCGGCAACGCCCAAGGCAACAUCGGAUCCGUCAACAUCACCGACCUAAAAGGCGGCAAAGUCGGCUUCGGCUCCGCCACACCUGGAUCCAAACUCGACUCCUCCUACACCAAAUCCAUCAAACAAAUCCCUUACAACAUCUCCGUCCUUGAAAUCUCCGCUCCGAUCAUCGCUCCCGGAAUCCUAACCGCUCCACCUCCUUCCUCCGACGUUAACAUUACCGCUCUAAUAGAAAAAGCUGGAUGCAAAACAUUUGCCUCUUUAAUCCUAUCUAACGGUCUCAUCAAAACUUUCCAAUCAGCCGCUGAUAAAGGCUUAACCAUUUUCGCACCCAACGAUGAAGCUUUCAAAGCUGACGGAGUUCCAGAUUUAACCAAACUCACCAACGCUGAAACCGUUUCACUUUUACAGUAUCAUGCAGCUGCUAAAUAUCUUCCUAUCGGAUCCUUGAAAACUACUAAAGAUCCUAUCAGUAGUUUAGCCGCGAACGGCGCCGGGAAGUUUGAUUACUCUGUCACCGUCGCCGGUGAUUCUGUUACACUUCACACCGGCGUUGAUUCAUCCAGAAUCGCGGAUACUAUUCUGGAUUCUACUCCGAUCUCUAUUUACUCUGUUGACAGUGUGCUUCUUCCUCCUGAGUUGUUUGCUAAGUCGCCGUCUCCUGCUCCGGCACCGGAGCCUGCCGGUGCUCCUUCUCCCACACCUGCUUCUGCUCCGUCUCCGGUGGGUGAAGCGCCUACUCCAUUACCUGCCUCGCCUCCGGCUCCUGUUGGUGAAAGUCCAAGCGAUUCUCCGGCGGGUGCACCGUCGACUGCGGCGGAGCGUAGCAGCUCCGGGAAAUCUGCUGGUGUUCACGUGAAAGCUUCUGGUGUUGUCACUUUCACAGUGACUGCUUUGUCUGCUUUUGUGAUUUCUUGUGUUUUCAUGUCCUGAUUUGUAAUUUCAGCGUGUUCUUGUUUUAUUUUUUUGUAAUUUAAAUUUAAUUUUGAGUUUUUUUUCCUCUCUUCUCUGAAUGUGAUUGGAUUAGAGAUUUUUAUUUAUUAUUAUAAAUUAAUUUAGGUAUGGACCGUUGUACGUGAAUGAUGCUGUAGUACUAUAUUUUAAUUUAAGUUUUUGGCUUUUUUUUAA